CCCAAAGUUGGGAUACCCCUGAGCAGAUCCUUGGCGAACUGAUGUUAAUGUCCCAGUGUUACUACUAACAGGUGUGAAAUUCUUGGAACUGUCGCGUGUGAGUAACGUCGUCCGAACAUAUGAGAUGAGAAUUGAUAGUCUGUUGCGCCUCAUCGUUUCCUAUCUAUCGUUUUCUUUACUCCCUAUUCAGGGGCUGCGUCCCUCAGGUAAGUGAUCGUGAUCGUGUUGAUCAUGCUGCAGCAUCGCAGAGUAGUCUUCAAAUACCAUGCUCACUAUCCCCCGUUCUUCCUUGGCUGGAAUCACCAGGUCUCCCAUUGCCAUUCACAGAUUCAUUCCCUUCACAGACUACAGCCAUUGCCACCAAUAUCACCCCAUCACCCCAUCAAUCCAUCACCCUCACACUUCAACCUGUCACCAUGCGUCUCAUCAAUGUCAACACGCUUGAGCUUGAACAAUUCUACGGGGAUCAAAUACCACGAUACGCCAUUCUCUCCCACACGUGGGAUGGAGAUAAGGAGGUGACAUUCAAAGAGUGGAAGCACCGCACCGACAAUGCCGUCAGGAGCAAGGAUGGUUACGCCAAGAUUGUGGGGGCAUGCCGCCGCGCCCAGGCUGACGGCCUGCAGUAUCUCUGGUGUGAUACAAACUGUAUCGAUAAGAGCAGCUCCGCCGAACUCACCGAGGCGAUCAACAGCAUGUUUGCUUGGUACCACGAUUCGCAUGUGUGCUAUGCAUACCUUGCUGAUGUCCAGGCAAAGACUGGUCAGUUCAAAAAGAGCCGUUGGUUUAGUAGAGGUUGGACGCUGCAGGAGUUACUCGCGCCGAGUUCAGUUAUUUUCUUCGACUAUCGCUGGACGGUGCUAGGAGAUAGGAGUGAGUUGGCAGGUCUUAUCUCGAGUAUCACCAGAAUCCAUAUUGAAGCUUUAAGAGACCGUUCGACGAUCCAUGGCUAUUCUAUUGCUCAACGCAUGUCGUGGGCUGCUGACCGCCAAACCACUCGUUUGGAAGACAUUGCAUAUUGCCUUCUUGGGAUUUUCGAUAUCAACAUGCCAUUGUUAUACGGCGAAGGGCAGAAGGCAUUUGGCAGGUUGCAGCGGGAAAUCAUCAAGAUUUCAAAUGAUCAAAGCAUUUUAGCAUGGGAUUUACGGGCCUCUAACACCUACUCUCUAACAAGUGCACUAGCACCAUCUCCUGCUGAGUUCCGUUUCUGCGGCUCAAUAGUCAGAAAUCAUGAGUACGAUCAAAGCGCUUAUUCCAUCACGAACUUGGGCAUUUCUAUGAAGCUUUCUCUUAUGAAGACUCUCAUGGGGAGAAUAGUUCUAGUUGGAUUAAAUUGCUCUAAAGAGCUGCAUCGUGAAGCCACAUACUCUCAAAUACCAAAUGGAGCCCAAGUAUCCAGACAUUUUCGAAUAUGGAUCCCUCUACACCGUUUAGGAGAAGAUAUAUACUCUAGAACACACCACCCAUUAUCCAAGAUGUUCCUUGGGCAAUCAUACUCGAUUCUAGGACAUUUAAUACCUACGGACUUGUUUCUAAGUCUAGAUACAUCUAGAGCUUUUCCUACGCAAUCUUCGGAAGAUCCCAUUCAAAUACUACGAUGGAACUCAUCACCUUCACUACCAUGCUUACUUCUUAGAGUUGCAGCAGGCAAGACGAUUCCCCGUAGCGAUGCCCUGUGGGAGGCUUAUGACCUUGAAGACGUCUCUAUCGUACAAGUCAAGUCCCGGGGUGCUUCUCAGGUUUCACACCAAUUCAUAUCAAGUGGUGAUUUUUCGAUACUCCUUUCAGUGUUUUGGGACGCCGAUGUGGUACCUCGGAAGUGGCUAUAUACGGUGAUAUAUGAUCCAAAACGAAAUACCAUUACGAAGAUGGCUUCCCAGACAGAAUGGGCUUGCAUUUUCUACGCCGAACAGCACGCUCAGCCAGCCCAGUGUUGCAAUAAUCCUGCAUCUAUGUAUCCACUUCACGAAAAACUACAAAAAAUACAUGCAACCUCACUUACUGCAUACGUGAAAGUUGAAGAAGAUCCAAUUAUCACCAUUGAAUCUCGACCUCUCUGGGAUUCAUUUGGACAAGCACAGCUAAUAGUGACAGUCAUCUUUCGGAAGAAAAUGAAGAUCUGAUUCAGUAGCAGUCAAUAUGGAGAGCUAUAUAGCAUAGGUAAUUAGGUAGGCACUUUAUACGUAGGUAGGUGCCGACCUAUGUAUACAAAUAAACGCAAGAAAAUAUAAAUUUAUAUUUUCCAUAUGCCCCUUGAUAGCCAAUGUAAGUCACUUCCAAUGUAAUCUCUAUAUACUCUUGGCUCUGGAGUCCAUAGAUAAUUCUAGACACUGUGCUU